AUGCUCGUAACUCCGUGCGUAAAGUUCUCGUCACUCACGUGUUUGAUUGGUAUCAUCCUUUGCAUAACGUUUAAUUCGGCUGUGGGCCAAGGCAACGACCGUGGGUCAAUCGGCCCAGAACCCCGAAAUAUCUCGAUGCACAAUACCUCGGCACCUUUAAAGGAUGCAUUUCCGACUCAGAAUGGAUUUGGAAAGUCCAGACUUGACAUUAACACCAGCGACACAGAGGAAAGAAUGUUUUCAUUCGAAAAUGUCAUCAAUGAAUUAAAAAAACUGUUGCGGGGGUUUCUAAUUCAGCAGAACGUUGAAGACAAAACGGGGCUGCCGUUCGAUAGCUUUAUCUCUAAGACUCACGAUGCUAUUGAGAAAUGGGAAAACGCAGUCGAUUCUUCGGUAGAUAAGGUUUUCGAUAAGAUUGAAGUAAGUGUGGAUAAAAUCAAGAAAGCAGCGGGACCUUCGGUUGAAAGCUCUGUUUCUGAUAUUGACAAUGGUUUGGAGGAGCUUGAGAACAUACUUCGGGGCAAAGAAGCGGUCCAUGGGGAACAACUUUCUUCGAACGGUGGUCAACACAGCCUUUCAAGUGUAAAACGCGAUGGUAUUGCAUCAAGAAACGACCUUUCCAGUGUUGGAUACAUCAACGGAAUAAACAACGUCAAACUAAUGACGAGCAUGGAAGCGAGUGCACUCAAGCAAGAGUUGACUAAGCUUUUACGUAUGAUACCACGAAGUGCGGAGGGGCAAGAUGAUGAUUCUUCGAUUCGGCGCCUUUUCGAAGAAAUGCUUCCUUUGAUUUGGCAACUUCACAUUUUAAAGGACAAUUAUGGCGAGCUGGUAUUCAUCGGGAUGCUUCGACACCCGACUCUAGGUGAAUUGGCCCACAAGCAAUGGUACAAAGCAAAAGUUACUGUUGAUGAAGCUCGGGAGAUCUUAAUGCGGUACUCAACAACGGAAGACCUCUUCUACAGGAACGAGUUGGGGAGCUUGUGGCUAUCGUAUAUCGCGUAUUAUUCGAAACAAGCGCACGAAGAUUUUCCCGCUGAAUUAAUACUUCGUCAUUUCGAAGUGUUUGAAUUGACGGAAGAUGAAAUCGUUAAGAAGUUCUUGUUAAAUGACCAAAGGACCCAACGUCUGGCGUAUCGUAUGGAAAAAGAUGGAUAUGAUGGCUUAUCACACUUCGCAAACACUUUUACUGGCAACUCUCUGUCUCACACGUGGUUCUUUUAUGCCGCCUUCGCUUUAGAACGGGGAAUUAUAGAUGAGGACGAUAUUGCAAACGCGAUGUUUGUUUUUCAGAGUCAUGAUUAUAAAACGCAAUUGAAAAUAUUCACGAAGAUGAUGACGGAUUUUAAACCCGUCAAGAAGCCACUAAGUGACGUUGGCAUUUCGGGUAAACACGUCAAACUAAAUGAAGAAGAAAUUGUUGCGGAAAGCUCGAAGAGUCAAAAUCUCUUGAAAGCUUCAAUUCAUGAAAUGGCGAAAAAAAUGGUCGAACACUUAAUGGUCACAAUACAAAGAUUUAUCACGCGCAGACCAAAUCAAUUUGAAUGCAUUGAAGGUUAUCGCUGCUUCACUAAUAUCUUUCUCAUUGAUAUAUAUUAUUGA